AUGACCAGAACCGUCGGUCUAAUUGGUGGAAUGUCCUGGCAGACCACGGCGGUAUACUACGAAGGCAUCAACAACCAUGUUCGCUCUGUGCUCGGUGGUAUUCACUCUGCCAAUCUACUCAUCAGAUCCGUGGACUAUGCCGACAUUGGCCGUUUUGUCACCAGCGGCAAUUCUGAGGGCAUGAUAGAAAUGCUAUCAAGUGCCGGUCAACAGUUGAAAGAUGGCGGGGCGCAGUCUUUGGUGUUAUGUGCAAACGUUGCCCACAAAGCUGUAGAUUCUCUCGAGGAGCGAACCCGCUUGCCGGUCCUCCAUAUUGUGGACUUCACCGGCCAAGCAAUUCUAGACCGCGGAUUUCGAAAGGUCGGGUUGAUAGCGACUCGAGCUGUGAUGGAGGAGGAAUUUUACAAGUCUCGUCUUCAGGAGCGAUACGGGUUGGAAGUUGUUGUGCCCAACAAGGAAUUCAGAGAUAAGGUGGACGGCUAUAUUUUCAACGAACUAAGCAAGCAGCCGAUUGCAGAACAUGUGAAGGCUGGUUUUGAAGAUGCUUGCACCAGCUUGGUUCAUGAGCACGGCGUUGAUUGUCUCGCACUGGCCUGUACUGAGCUCAGACUUGUGCUUGAUGCUAGUAAGAUGAUCGUGCCAGCCUUUGAGACCACCACUCUUCAUGCCAAGGGGAUUGCCGAAUGGGCACUUCAGCACAAGUAA